AUCUCCCGCCCCAUCCGCUGGUCUUUUUAAACCAAGGCGGGAGGCUCGUCUGUAGUCACUUUGGUGAGUUUCUCUUUAAGUAAAGACCUCCUGGGCUAAAAUUCUGCCGAAAUGGUGAGGACUAAAGCCGAUAGUGUCCCUGGAACAUACAGAAAAGCUGUUGCAGCUUCAGCUCCCAGGAAGUCUCUGGGCUCCAGUGCAGCCAACGCCUCUGCCUCCUCCAGCAGCCAGUGCUCCACUCCCUCAAAGAACAAAUAUGCUGGUGGAAACCCUGUCUGUCCCCGCCCCACGCCCACCUGGCAGAAGGGCAUCGGGGACUUCUUCGGUGGUCCUCCCAGGAAGCCGGAGAAGGAGAACAAGAAGCCCCAAGAGGUGGAGGAUGAUGAGGAGGCUGGAGGCAGCGGCAUGUCAAAGACCAGCAGGAAGAAGCCAGAGAAGAAGAACAAGAAGGCCCGAGAGGUGGAGGAUGAUGAGGAGGCUGGAGGCAGCGGCAUGUCAAAGACCAGCAGGAAAUCCAGACCGCUGCCCGCUGAGGACGAAGAAGACGACGAAUGAAAUGAUGAAUGAAAUUUGUAUUGACCGUUCUGUCUGCUUAGUGUCAUUUUAAUGUACAUCUGUAUAUAAUUCUGAUCAAUUCUGUAUAGUUCAUUAAACUUUUAAUGUUUUUCUA